AUGUUCCCACAGAUUGCCCGGACUUUGCGCCACCAUGUGACGAGAAAUGUGUGUCAAAUAAUACAUAUGCAUGUAACAGGGAAUGUUUAUGCAAACCUGGCUGGACGGGCAUCACAUGCAAUGAAACGAUACCCACAACCUCUACAAUAAGUGGUACCCAGUCAAUCAACGUAGAAUUAAUAUCAAGUGUAGAGUCAUCGCUUUCUACGAAUCCAGCAAGCUACUCCAUACUUGCUACCAAAUCGCCUUUGAUCUCAGAAACAGGAAGCGCCGGAGUUUUGGCUGGGUUUGUUAUCCUCGCCAUAGUGAUUGUCAUCCUCAUAGGUGGAAGUAUUGUUUGCAUCGUUUUUAUCUAUCGACGCCGAACUAGGAAACCUACAAGUCUACACGUGGACGAAGCAGCGGGUGGACUAGAGAUGACAGAACCGCGACAUAUACAAGAAAAAGGUCUAGUUUAUCAAGAUGUAGAUCAAGAAAACAGUUACUCCGAAGUGAAUUUCAGUCACUCAAAUCCGACCUAUGAACUGAAUGACAAUGGCGGCGAGAAAAACAAUUUGAAAUGUGAAAUAUACGCACAACCGAGCAGGAAUGUGAAAUCUAAUCCCGGGAACGAGGACAUAGAUGAAACAGACAACCCUUAUACAGAAAUGAAACAACGAUACCAGAUGCCGCGUUCGAUCAAAGACAGAAAUGUGGGGUCAACAGAUUCAUUGCCAGAAACUAAUGAUAGUACUUUACCCUCGGCUUGGGAAGCACGUGACACUGGUACAGAUGAGCCUCGUUACGAUAUCCCCAGCUCGAGACAGAAUACCAUUUCAACUAGUGAUGUUUCCCUAGUGGGCAACUCCGUUUCUGGGCAACCGGAAGGUUACAUGGCUAUGGGAGGUAGUCAGGACAACACGCCAAGGUCAGUCAAAACGAGGUUUGCUGGAGACGGGGAGGACUGGUACAAAUCACCACGCCCUCUACCGUCGUACGCAGUUAUCAGCGACCGAAAACCUUCUAGCGGUGAAUAUUCAAAAAUUAACGACAAAGAUAAUAUGUAUAACACCGUUGAUAGGACGGGCAGGUCGUACAAAAAUGAAGGCGGUCCACAAACAGAAUAUGCCCACCUAGGAACUGAUGAGGAAGACAAGACUGAAGCUUACGACAAACUCGAUCGCUUGAAAAAGAUGUCACAUUUACCUGGAAAUCAGAUCGUAAGCGACAGCAGCUACGAUAAAAUCGGCCAGAAUGAAAACACUGACGACGAUAGCGAGGAUAUUCCAACAUCACCAGUAUAUGACCACAUUGGAAUCGACGCGAAAGCGGGAAGUGAUCAAAUAGACAAAUGCCCGAUGUCUCCCCAAUACGACGUUCCUCGAGCCACGCACGAUGUCGACGAUAGUAAGGACAAGGACCAAACCAAUGGCGCAACCUCUGACGAUGUGCCUGUUUCGCACAAUAACCAUAAUAACCCAAACGUGAAUUCUGAAAGCGACGAAAAUAACCAAUAUGAUGUUCCAAGACAUUAUAGUAACAAAAUUAUAUGA